UAAAGUAAUGCUGAUCCAGGAAGAGCUUCAUUGACAACAAAGAGGCAAAAAAUCAUCAGGUGCCCUGAUUUUUAAACAGUUUGAGUGAUGGGCGACCGCCCGCUUCACUGUUCAAUAAAGAACCCGUUUGUACUGACAGUUGAGGAUCAGAAGAGCGUGUUUCACUCCGGAUGCAAAGUGAUAGAGGUCACUUUCCCGAAUGUUUCAGUGCCAGAGAAGCAGACUGUACCCAUAUCCCUCUGUGAAAGGGUUGGAGAGAUAUGCUUUAAGAAUUACUACACAGCAUAUAUUUCAAUACGAGUUAAGUUUAAGGCAGCUCCAGACAAUGGAACAGACUCAGCUGGUGACAUAAAAUGGAGGACAUGUGUGCGUAAAAUGAGAUUAAUGCCCAAUCCACAUAAAGAAAGUGGUUCGCAGGAUUACUUUUCUAUUUCAAAGAAACAAUUUUCCUUUGACAUCUCCAACAUAUCAGCCAUGCGAAUAAUUCUACAGCAGCCCUCUCCAGUGUGGAAAGAGUUCCGGAUAGAGGAUCUCAAACUCUACAGGUCAUCAGAGAUGAUGAGCAAACCCCCACCCCUGCCUGCAUGGCUGACAGAAAGUUCAAUCAACAGCACUAAGCACAAACUAGAGUUACAAACAAAAGCCAAGGAGAAAAUAUAUUUUGAUGAUUCUGAUAGCCAGGAGAAUGAAGAAGUGGGUAUACCUAACCUGGAGUCGAUAUCCUCAGGUUUACAAGAGUUAUGGGGAUUAUCAGAAGAAAUGGCUGUUAACCAAACUAGUACAGAUAUAGGGAGAUAUGAGGUUGAUGGAUGCUAUGAAAUCAACUUACUGGCUUAUACAUGAAUCACCUUUAAUUGGUCAUGCAUGAGGAGAACAAUUCCCUUAAUUGAGGAAAAACCCAAGUUUUGUUCUGUCUUACUUUACCUAAAGCAGAGCUUAUACAUAAACACUAAUUCAUUUUUGUGAUAUGUUUCAUUUACUUUCAUUGCAUUGAGACAGAAUUUUUAUUCUAAAUUUUUUUUA